GGGGCCGGGAGCCCGCGCCGCGCAGCCGGGCAGCCGGGCGCGCCGGGGGUGGGUCCCUCUCCCCAGCCCGGCUCUGCGUGGAAGAAGAGGGCGGGGACCGGCGCGGGGCGGAGAGCGGAGGAGGCGAAGGGGGCAUGACUCGUGCAACUUGCGGCGGGCAUCUGCCGAGCCUCUGAGCCGGCGGCGGCCCGGGGCCCGGAUCGCGGCCGCGCCGAUCGCACCCAGCGCACCCCGCCCCGGCCGACAGCCGCUGCUGACCUGGAUCCUCGCAGCGCCCGCCGGCCGCCAGCGAUCCGCCCUCGUCUUCCGGGCUGUUUUCUGGAGCGCGAGGGCCGCUCUCCCCGCCGGACCCCCGGCCCCCGAUGGCUCGGAUGGGGCUUGCGGGCGCCGCUGGACGCUGGUGGGGACUCGCUCUCGGCUUGACCGCGUUCUUCCUCCCAGGCGCCCAUACGCAGGUGGUGCAGGUGAACGACUCCAUGUAUGGCUUCAUCGGCACAGACGUGGUGCUGCACUGUAGCUUUGCCAACCCGCUGCCCAGCGUGAAGAUCACCCAGGUCACGUGGCAGAAGGCGACCAAUGGCUCCAAGCAGAACGUGGCCAUCUACAACCCGGCCAUGGGGGUGUCGGUGCUGGCACCCUACCGCGAGCGCGUGGAGUUCCUGCGGCCCUCCUUCACGGAUGGCACCAUCCGCCUGUCCCGCCUGGAGCUGGAGGACGAGGGUGUCUACAUCUGCGAGUUUGCCACCUUCCCCACGGGCAAUCGCGAGAGCCAGCUCAAUCUCACUGUGAUGGCCAAGCCCACCAACUGGAUCGAGGGCACCCACGCAGUGCUCCGAGCCAGGAAGGGGCAGGACGACAAGGUCCUGGUGGCCACCUGCACCUCGGCCAACGGGAAGCCCCCCAGCGUGGUGUCCUGGGAGACGCGGCUAAAGGGUGAGGCAGAAUACCAGGAGAUCCGGAACCCCAACGGCACAGUGACCGUCAUCAGCCGGUACCGCCUGGUGCCCAGCAGGGAGGCCCACCGGCAGACCCUGGCCUGCAUCGUCAACUACCACAUGGACCGCUUCAAGGAGAGCCUCACCCUCAAUGUGCAGUAUGAGCCCGAGGUGACCAUCGAGGGGUUUGACGGCAACUGGUACCUGCAGCGGAUGGACGUGAAGCUCACGUGCAAAGCCGACGCCAACCCCCCCGCCACCGAGUACCACUGGACCACGCUGAAUGGCUCCCUCCCCAAGGGCGUGGAGGCCCAGAACAGAACCCUCUUCUUCAGGGGUCCCAUCAGCUACAGCCUGGCCGGGACCUAUGUCUGUGAGGCCACCAACCCCAUCGGCACUCGCUCUGGCCAGGUGGAGGUCAAUAUCACAGAAUUUCCCUACACCCCGUCUCCUCCCGAGCAUGGGCGGCGCGCCGGGCCGGUGCCCACGGCCAUCAUUGGGGGCGUGGCGGGGAGCGUCCUGCUGGUGCUGAUUGUGGUCGGCGGCAUCGUGGUGGCCCUGCGCCGGCGCCGGCACACCUUCAAGGGCGACUACAGCACCAAGAAGCACGUGUACGGCAACGGCUACAGCAAGGCGGGCAUCCCCCAGCACCACCCGCCCAUGGCGCAGAACCUGCAGUACCCCGAUGACUCCGACGAUGACAAGAAGGCCGGCCCGCUGGGCGGGAGCAGCUACGAGGAGGAGGAGGAGGAGGAGGGCGGAGGGGGCGAGCGCAAGGUGGGCGGCCCCCACCCCAAAUACGACGAGGACGCCAAGCGGCCCUACUUCACGGUGGAUGAGGCCGAGGCCCGGCAGGACGGCUACGGGGACCGGACUCUGGGCUACCAGUACGACCCUGAACAACUGGACUUGGCUGAGAACAUGGUUUCUCAGAACGACGGGUCUUUCAUUUCCAAGAAGGAGUGGUACGUGUAGCCCGCUUCUGGAGCGUCUGUCUGCGCCCGCCCCUCCCCAACUCCGCCCCGCACGCCGCACGCCCCCCCACCCGCACCCCUCCUGGAGCUCCGCAGAGACUCGCUCCACUGCCUAGAGCCAGCCCCCAGCUCCCAGGGAGCAGGGCAGCCCAGGGUAGAGGACUCGGCUUUGUUUUUGUUCCUGCCCCCCCCCCAUGGUGUUGUGUUGACCGUGGCUUUGGUGUUGCUGUAUCUCCUUCCCCCACCCCCCAACACUGGAAUUUGUGUUCUCUUCACUGGGGGUGGAGGGCUGAGGGGGCUCAGGAGGAAGAGCCCCACCCCUACCCCAGAUGCUGCUUCUCCCUGGGAGAAGGAACCCACCCCCCUAGACAGCAGGUACACCCAACGGGUGAGGGGUGGGGGUGGCUCGUCCAAUGCACCCAAGGGGAGAGAUCUUGUUUGUUCCAGGAAUCCAGUUGAGGUCCCUACCUGGGACCUGGGGCAGUGUGUUUACCUGGUGACGUUGAUUUCACAUAAUUUCUUCAUUGGCCUGUGGGGAGUCCUGCUGGACCAACUCUGAUGUGUCUCACUCUCCCCUUGUCUGACCCCAGCGCGGGGGGCUCCUGGCAGACUCUGUUAAAGACUCUGUUCACACCCCCUGCCAGCUCACGCUCACAUGCACGCGCACACACCCACUCACUGUGCCUGGGCCCACAGACGCUGCCCAAGGCCCGGCCUGUCUGCUCCCUCUCUUCCUUAAGCACCAAUGUUUCUUGGACCUCUCCCUUACCCAUAAGUGCUCGAUUCUCUUGGAAAGUCGGGGCUGGGGUCCCAGCAGGGGAUUUCCUCCAGGAGCGAGAUGCCAGGGCUGAGAAGCGCAGAGAAGAGCCACGGACACAGUCUGAGGGUACAUGGGGAUGCCCACUCGAGAUCCCGGGGCUGGCAGAAGUGUGAUGGGGUGGCACAACCAGGGAACCACCUGCUCACCCCCUCUCCGUUCCCUGGGGCGAGGGACAGCCUUGAGAAGCCCUCCUGCUGGUGUGGGCCUCUGGGCACCUGGCAACCCUAGGCCUGCCUGGGUCUUCCCUUGGAUGCAAUGGAGGAAGGCCCCUCCCAGCUCUCUCUCCGUCCCCCAGCUCAAAGUGCCUCAGUUCUUCCCUCUGCCACCCAGGUUCCCCGGCACUCUAUAGACAAGCUCACACAUGGGAAAGACCCGGGGGUGGGACAGGCUGGCUCCAAGGCCCCUUGUGCCUGCCCAUUAGGGGCCUGUCAGCUCAGGCCAGGCCAACGCGAGCUCCGGGGGACAGCAAGUGUUAGGGGACAGGAGGCAGACACCAGUGCCCCACAGGCACUGUCCGCCCAGCCUCAGGCUUCCUAUGGGAGCCACACACACACACACACACACACACCCCACCGCCUGGUGCUGCUAUUGAACGCCACCCGAGCUCCAUCUCCACCUGUGUGACCCUGGCCCCCAGCGAGGCCGCCCGGCCUGGCCCUCACUGCCCCAGCCCCAGCCCAGGCUGCCCAGUAGCCACGUAGCAGAAGUCUGAAGCCAUGCCAGCCCCGGGCGGUUCUCUCCUCUUGGCAUUGUGGGCAGUGCGCAGGGUGGAGCUGGGGGAGAAUAUUUCGGGGCCUUUCUAGCCAUGGGGCAGGGGGAGGUGGAGGAGCGGCACUGCUUCUCCCAGCAGUGUUAGUGUCCCCUUAGGGCAGGGGACCUCGUCAUGUUACAUCACGACCCCACCCCUCCUCAUGCCAUUCUCGCUCCUCCGCUUGGUCCCUUUGUACCCAGGCAAGGGGUAACCCCAGGGGCCCGCCUGACAGAGGCGUUUUCCCUGUCCCCUUGAAAGCACGAGACCGAAAUGACUCCUCCUCCCGUGUCUCCCUUGUCCUGCACUGCCACUCUCUGUUCCUCCUCCUGGAUGGACUUAGGAGGCCAGGGCCCCCCCAAAGCACUGAGGCCUCCUUAAGACCCCCCACACCUCCCUCCCCUCCCCCCACUGCCCAAGCAAAGCACAAGUGAUGGGGUCUGGGCAGCAAAGGCUCAUGGGAGGCUCCUGCCUUGCUCCAGCCCAACCCACUGGGGCGGCUGCUGCCCUGGGAUGGGAGGGCACAGGCAGGGGUCAGCACUUGGGCUUAGAGCAACUGGGUUUUCUGGACCAAUGGUCCUGCUGGGGCCGUGGGCAGCCCGCUGGCAAAGGGAGCCUGGCCGGCCCGCCAGACAGAGGACGCUUGCUUCUUCAUGGCCCAGCAGGAGCUGAGCUGCUGCUUUGCAGGAACUGAAACAAGCCCGGUGUUCAUUGUGCCAAGGCCUCCCCGCCUGUCAUCCUGCCUCUCUGCCCUCCCCUCCCCUUGCAGAUUUUGAUCUUGUCCUAAGGUGUCAUCGAACCGUCUGGGUUCCCUCUAUCAGGAGGAGCUGGAAGUAGCAGCACCGAGUUGGUGAGCACAGGCAUGCACGGGCGGCCGCCCCGGGCCCAGCACUCGUGCAUGCGAGCACGCACAGACACCCCCGACAGAGCCGAGCACAGGCGUGUGCGCGCACACGCACACGCACACACGCGCGCACGGCUGCAUGGGCACUGAGCACAGGUAGAGACCCGGCAGGGGAGUGGGCUGAUCCCAAGGAGAAUCUGUGUCCCAGCGCUCAGGCUGUGAGCGGGCCCCGAGGCCCUGUGGCCUGGGCGUGCGCCCCCUCUGCCACCACACCCCGUGUGCCCACUGCGCUGGUGCGGUAGCUUUUCUGCCGUCCUCAAAGCAGAAAAACCAGGACUUAAGCUAGGUGGUUGUGGGUAGCCCCGCAAACACUGGUGGCCUCUCCCCUGGGAGGAGGGGGUGCCUUCAGACCUCCGGGGGUCCAGACAGAGGCCCCCGAAACCUGACUGCCAACAGAAACCCUCUCCUGGUGAGGGGCGUGCGGCCCCCACACCCACAGGGAAACCUGCUCUGGCCAUAGAUGGGCUCACAGCCCUCCCUGGGCCAGGGGUGGCCCAGGCAUGGCGCCUGGGGCCUCGCUGCCACUGCCCCACCCGGUGCUGCUGCUGCUCUCCUGACCCCUGCUGUGAGGAAUGGGAUUCUUGGUUAAAAAAAGUUGAUAAUUCCUUUUUUGUAUAAAUGCAACAAAAUCCAGGAGAAGCUGCCCCCUCCCCUCACGUGCGAGUCGCCCCCUUUGCUUCGGUUCCUCUGUCACCGUUUUCGUCUUUGGUCCUGGGGACAGCCCAGCAGAUUCUCCUGGUUCCCUCCCAGGGGGUGCUUGCCUCACCCCCUUUUACUUGUAUAAAAAAAAAGAUGGGUUGAAAAAUGUACUGAGGAAAAAAAUGUACUUUUUUAUAAAUAAAGUGUUUAAAACAA